AUGUUUGUGGCUACGAGAGGGACACGGAAUCCUAUCAAACAGUUGCCGAUUACGCUGGCGUGGAUCUCUCUGGAAUCACGACUUGGAAACACCUGGCUAGAAGGCGCCAAUUGCACCAAAGUACUCUUCGCAAACACAGACUCCACCUCAGUCCGUCCCGUCUGCGUUGGGAUCAACUCUACCAUAGUGCAGCCAUCGCCCAUGAAGAGCAGCUCGAGCUCGCCGACUACGACUGGUUCACCGACCACUUCCGGGCCAUUUCUGCCAAAAAGAUCAGGCUAUAUUGAGACAUGUACGAAGUUCUAWGAAGGAGCUUAG